AUGUCAUUCGACCCUCAGCAGCAAUGCCUCUUGAUCACGCGUCUUCCACGUGAACUCCGAGAUGCCAUUUACCUUGAAAUUUGGCGCCCAUAUGGCCUUCGGCAGCACAUCUUCUGGCAUGGUCACCCUGCUGAUCCAGCCAACUGGCAUUACUGUCGGUGGCAAUGCACUACAGACUUCGAUGUCAUAGAUAAGCUGCAAGAGGAUCUCGAGCUCCUGCGAAUACAGCAGAACAUGCCGUUUGGAGAACCCAUACGCAGUACGAACUACGAGAUGCGGCUCGUUUCACCGUGGCUUAAUCACUGGGCAUGUGGUGAGCUCUGUGAAAGGGUUUACGGGCAGACUGUCAUACAAGGCACUUCAACUGGGCGAUACCAUUGUUGGAAAGACCCUCAGCGCCCUUUUACCAACAAGAUGGCCAGAAGCCCGUAUAUGCCCAAAAGCCCAUAUAUGUCCAUGCUCCUUGCCUGUAAACUCAUGUGUAUCUGA